UCAUUUAAAAAUUAUUAUAAAAUUCUAAAAUACUAAAUACAAUUAGAUUUUUACCGUACUCAUUUAGUCGUUUAUCCAAUUUUGAAUAACCUGAAAAUUAUCAGUAGCCAUCUUGAACAAAGCGUUUACACACAAACACAAACAGUGGUAGUGGUGAAAUUUUAUGAUAAAAAUUUUAUGGCUGCUUCUAGAAAACUUCAAGGUGAAAUUGAUCGGUGCCUUAAGAAAGUUACCGAAGGUGUUGAAACAUUUGAGGAUAUUUGGCAAAAAGUUCAUAAUGCUACAAAUAGUAAUCAAAAAGAAAAAUAUGAGGCUGACCUCAAAAAGGAAAUCAAGAAAUUGCAGAGGUUACGCGAUCAAAUCAAAAGCUGGAUUGCGUCCGCAGAAAUUAAGGAUAAAAGUGCUUUACUUGAUUACCGCAAACUUAUAGAAACCCAAAUGGAAAGGUUUAAAGUAGUCGAACGAGAAACAAAGACUAAAGCUUAUUCUAAAGAAGGGUUGGGUGCUGCCCAAAAACUAGAUCCUGCUCAAAAAGAAAGAGAAGAAAUAAGUGCAUGGUUAACACAAUCAAUUGAGUCGCUCAAUAUUCAAAUUGACCAAUAUGAAUGUGAAAUGGAGUCUUUACUUGUUGGAAAGAAAAAAAGAUUGGAUAAAGAUAAACAAGAAAAACUAGAUGAACUUAAAGCAAGAGUAGAACGACAUAGGUUCCAUAUACGAAAAUUAGAGACUGUGCUAAGAAUGUUAGAUAAUAUGUCAGUGGAAGUCAAAAAGAUUCGGUCAAUAAAAGAUGAUGUAGAAUAUUAUAUUGAAGCCUCACAUGAAGAGGAUUUUAUGCAUAAUGAUGAUUUAUAUGAUGAAAUAAUUGGGUUAGCUGAACUUGAAUUAGGAGUUGCUGCAAAUAAUUCUGCGGAAGCAAAUGGAUCACCCACUAGUCAGACUGCAAGUCUUAGUGGUUCUUGUCCGGCAUCUCCUGCUCCAAUGUCACACAAUCAUUCCAUCGAAGAACCAGUUUCAGUGGCUGUAGUAACAACUUCUACACCAGUAUCAAUAACAACUAUUGCUACAAUCAGUGAAUCAAUUCCAAUGAUCUCUGCAGUAUCUACAGUUGUAACUACUGCUACUUCAGCUUCUAUUGUUGCAGCACCAGUUCGCAAAAAAAAAGAAGAAACUACUAAAAAUGCAAUUAAACCAACCCCUGUGAAAGCAAAUCCUUCGAAUAAUGCUAAUUCUACGGUGAACAGUAAAGGUCCAACUAUAGCUGCUGUUGUUAAAUCAUCUGUUAGUAAUCAUACCACCACAACAUCUAGUGUGUCUACUGUGUCUCAAUCUAUAACUACUCAAACAAGUACUACUACUGUCGGUAAUUUUGCUACUGUAGCAGCUUCAAAUAUUCACAAUAAGCAUGCACAAGCACAAUCUGUUGAAAAUACGUCUGUUGUUUCAUCUAUACCAACUUCUCCAUCAUCUUACCAUACAAAUGUGUCAACUGCACAAGGAAAUGUGAAUAAUUCUGAUAGUGUGGUAAAUUGUGUGUCUACUACACCUUCGUCAUUAAGUUCUACAACAUCACCAGUACAAGUAGAUUCUCAUACAGCUCUAUCAUCAUUAAAGACUAUUGCCCAAAAAGCUAUUGAUCAAGCUGGGAUUGAUAUAUCACAACAGUCUACUGAUACUAAAAGUUUGAGUUCAAAUAUAGUUCAAAAUUCAAGUAGUCACCUAAGCUUACAGCAACAACCAUCACAACAGCCACCUGUUUUGUUUGAAGCUAAGAUUUCUCCUUUAUUAGGAGUAGCUCCACUGGGUCCAGUGCCACUUUCUAAAGACCAUCAAUUUCAAUUCACAAUGCUUGAGUCUGCAUUUGUACAUUUACCUCAUCCGUCAGAUUCUGAACGAAUAAAAUUAUAUUUACCUCGAAAUCCUUGUACAACGCCUCAUUAUUAUAAUCAAGGACCUUUACCCCAUUCUGACAGUUUAGAAUUUUUCCAAAGGCUUUCAACAGAAUCCCUUUUUUUUAUAUUCUAUUACAUGGAGGGGUCUAAAGCACAGUAUUUAGCUGCUAAGGCAUUAAAAAAACAAAGUUGGAGAUUCCAUACAAAAUAUAUGAUGUGGUUUCAGCGACACGAAGAACCUAAAUUAAUUAAUGAAGAAUAUGAACAGGGCACCUACAUUUAUUUUGAUUAUGAAAAAUGGGGUCAACGGAAAAAAGAAGGUUUCACGUUCGAGUAUAAGUAUCUGGAAGAUAGAGAAUUAAAUUGAAAUGAAAAUAAUGUGUUUUCACAUAGUCAUACACUAAAAAAAAAAAUACUUAGAAUAUAGUCCAUGAAUACAAAAGGAUUAUUUGUGCCCUUACAACAUGUGAUAUGAUGUGAACAUUUGGAGAAAAGGAAUUUGGAGUAUACUAUUUUUAUUUUUUAAUUUUGAAAAAAAAUAACUUAAUAUAGUCUUUGUUUAUAUGUAUGUACAUAUUAACCAAAUGUUGUACAUAUUAACAGACUGCUUCAAUAUUUUUUCUAAAUUAUUUAUUCUCUAACCAAAAAGAAGUACUAAGGCUUAUGUCCCAUUUACAUUAUUCCUUGAAAAAUGACUUAUUUUCAAUAAUUUUGUUUUUGUUUCAAGUAUAAAACUUACGAAUAGAAAUAUUAUUAGCAACAUAGUUAAAUUUCUCAUAGUUUAAUUAAUU